GGUACAUAUAUAUAAUGAUGACAGAUUGUGUGCAUCUUACCACUUGUCUCCGGACCACCGUCAACGUCGUGCCUCCAGAACAGUUGACCUAACAACAUGUGUGACGACGACGCAGCUGCACUGGUGUGCGACAAUGGCUCCGGCAUGGUCAAGGCUGGCUUCGCCGGCGACGACGCUCCCCGCGCCGUAUUCCCCUCCAUCGUCGGCCGUCCUCGUCACCAGGGUGUGAUGGUCGGUAUGGGUCAGAAGGACGCCUACGUCGGUGACGAGGCCCAGAGCAAGCGAGGUAUCCUGACUCUCAAGUACCCCAUCGAGCACGGCAUCAUCACCAACUGGGACGACAUGGAGAAGGUCUGGCAUCACACCUUCUACAACGAACUGCGUGUUGCCCCUGAGGAGUCCCCUGUCCUCCUCACCGAGGCUCCCCUCAACCCCAAGGCCAACCGUGAGAAGAUGACCCAGAUCAUGUUCGAAACUUUCAGCUGCCCUGCCAUGUACGUGGCCAUCCAGGCCGUGCUGUCCCUGUACGCCUCUGGUCGUACCACAGGUAUCGUAGCAGAUUCUGGUGAUGGUGUGUCUCACACUGUCCCCAUCUACGAAGGUUUCGCCCUCCCCCAUGCCAUCCUCCGUCUUGACCUGGCUGGUCGUGACCUGACUAACUAUCUCAUGAAGAUCAUGACUGAGCGUGGCUACUCCUUCACUACAACUGCGGAACGUGAGAUAAUUCGUGAUAUCAAAGAGAAACUUUGUUAUGUAGCUCUUGACUUCGAAAAUGAAAUGGCACAAGCUGCUGCUUCUACUUCAUUAGAUAAAUCUUACGAACUUCCCGACGGUCAGGUCAUCACCAUCGGCAAUGAGCGUUUCCGUGCUCCUGAGGCUCUCUUCCAGCCUUCCUUCCUGGGUAUGGAAUCUUCGGGUGUCCAUGAGACGGUGUACCAAACUAUCAUGAAGUGUGACGUUGACAUCAGGAAGGACCUUUAUGCCAACACCGUCAUGUCUGGUGGUACCACCAUGUACCCUGGUAUUGCUGACCGCAUGCAGAAGGAAAUUACCUGCCUGGCUCCCUCCACCAUCAAGAUCAAGAUCAUUGCUCCUCCCGAGCGUAAGUACUCCGUCUGGAUCGGUGGCUCCAUCCUGGCCUCUCUGUCCACCUUCCAGACCAUGUGGAUCAGCAAAGAGGAGUACGACGAGUCCGGCCCCGGCAUUGUCCACCGCAAGUGCUUCUAAUUGAUUACCACUAAUAUAAAAUAUUUAAGCCUU